AUCAUCGCUACGAUCACGCUCAUAUCCUUCCUGGCCUAUUCCUCGCAAUUCUUCAUCCUCAUCCCCUACUGGCUCUCUACUCCGGGCGUUUCCCUCACAACAAUGGCCCUCUACCUCGUCCCAUUCAACAUAGGCGUAGCUUUCAUCUUCUACAACUACUACCUCGUCGUCUUCACCUCCCCUGGUGACGUUCCUCCAGCCUGGGAGCCAGACUGGGACUCCCUGGGCGGAGUAGAGGUAAAAGCUUCCACAGGGUCGCCGCGCUACUGCAAAGUGUGCAGGUCCUACAAGCCACCCAGAGCGCAUCACUGUCGAGUAUGUAAACGAUGCGUGCUCAGGAUGGAUCAUCAUUGCCCCUGGGUGGCCAACUGCGUGGGCUACGCAAAUUAUGGGCAUUUCCUUCGCUUCCUUUACAGCGUCGACAUCACCAUGAGCAUGCACGUCGGCCUGCUUGCCCUGCGCGUCGCAGACUGGUGGAGCCCUUACGUCCACUGGCGUGAACCCUCCACUGCGGCUAUGGUGGUAAUGGUCCUCAAUUUCGCGCAGGGAAUCCCGGUCCUGCUGAUGGUGGGCAUCUUCUCCCUCUACCACACUUAUGCGCUCUGCAUCAAUACUACAACGAUCGAGAGCUGGGAGAAGGACAAGGUGGCAACGCUUGUCAGGAGGGGAAAGAUUGAGGAGGUCAAAUAUCCGUACGAUUUGGGACUGAAGCGUAACAUCCAGGCGGUUCUGGGACGCAGGAUCAUCUACUGGUGCUGGCCCGGCCAAGGCCCACUGGGGAAUGGACUGGACUACACCCUCGCAGAGGGGCAUGGU